AUGGCAACCACUAACGACAUUCAAGAAGAGGAACCGCCCACGACCGCCCUCGAGAAACAAGUUAAAACUCUCGCCGCUGUCGUGGAACGCCUCACCAGACAAAAUCACGACCUAGAAGAGCAGCUGCGCCAGAAAAAUGCAGCAUUGGACAACCAAGGAGCAGAUCAAGAAGGAACCAGUGCUGACAGAAGGAAUCAAGAGGGACCCCAGGCUAGUAACGCCCCGAGCAGACCGGAGCAUCAGAACGUGAGCCUCCCUUCCCUUGCAGAUACGGCUCCGCCACCUAUUAUCGCGGAGAUGCAGGGUAAGUUUUUGUUCUCCCUGUACAAAAACGACCCGAAGACCAUGUCAGAAGUGUUUUAUAGGGCCACCAAGUAUAUAAACGCUGAAGAUGCGCUGUUGGCCCGAGAAGAAAGGCUAAAGAAAAGAGAAAGGCAAGAAGACGCCCGACAGGACCAAGGCCGGAAGAAAGCAAGGACAGGAGACCGAAGGGAUGAAAGACGCCUUAAGCCCUUAGGGGGAAGAUUCACAAGCUUCACUCCGUUGACCGCCCCGAUGGAUCAAGUCCUAAUGCAAAUCAAGGACGAGGGGGCUCUGACGUUCCCUGGAAAGCUGAAGAGUGAUCCCAACAAACGGUCUAGGGAUAAAUAUUGCCACUUCCAUCGUGACCAUGGUCACGAAACGGCCGAUUGUUAUGACCUGAAGCAGCAAAUUGAAGCCCUUAUCAGACAAGGAAAACUGCAGAAGUUCAUCAACAAGGAGAGAAUAGAUCCACCCCCACAAGACCAACACCCUCGACGGGAUAAUGAGCGACCGAGACCCCCCAUAGGUGACAUAAGGAUGAUCAUAGGAGGAACGACUGCCGCUGGGUUGUCCAAAAAGGCCUGCAAAACCUACCUUAGGAUGAUAGAAAAUGUUCAAGUGACGGGGGCCGUGCCAAAGAUAGCAUUGAAAGAAGGCCCCAUUAUCGGGUUCUCAGAAGAAGAUGCGCGACGCCUUCACCACCCCCAUGACGAUGUGCUCGUCGUCAGCUUACAAGUGGAAGACUACAACAUGCACCGGGUGUUGGUCGACAACGGCAAUUCAGCAGAUAUCCUAUACUACCCGGUGUUCCAGCAAAUGAGGAUCGACAAGGAGCGAUUGAUUCAGACAAAUGCCCCGCUUGUUGGUUUUGGAGGGAGCCAGGUAUUCCCCCUAGGCGCGGUUACAUUAUCCGUGGUGGUAGGCGAUUACCCCUAG